AUGGAUAACUACGGCUAUGGAAGCACCUCCUUCGGAGGCGGCGGUGGUGGUGGCUUCAUGCCUGGAGAAACAAACAGUCCCUCUGGAGGAGGAAAGAACGACAACAAAACCAUGCGCCCGAUAACAAUCAAACAAGCCCUCGACGCAACACAACCGUACCCAGACGCCGACUACCAAAUCGACUCGCAAGACGUCUCGAGCAUCGUCUUCGUCGGCCAAGUGCGCAACAUCAGCUCGCAGGCGACAAACAUCACAUACAAGCUCGACGACGGCACGGGCGAGAUCGAAGCCAAGAUGUGGAUGACGCCGGACGACUCGAUGGACACAACGGACGAAAGCGUGGCCUCGGGCGGGAAGGAUCGCAAUGGCGUCGAGAUUAACAGCUACGCAAAGGUGUACGGGAAGCUCAAGUCUUUAUUUGGGGACCGCAAGGUUAUCACGACGCAUUGUGUUCGGCCGGUUACGGAUAUCAAUGAGGUGCAUUUUCAUUUCUUGGAGGCGGCUGCUGUGCAUUUGUUUUUCACAAAAGGGCCCGCGCCUGCGGCUGGUGGGGCUGCUGGCGGUGCUGGUGGUGCGAAGGAUGCCGCGAUGGCGGGGAUGGAUAGUGGGUAUGGGGCCGGGGUUGCUGCCGGUGGUGGUGGCGGACAUCUGCCUGCGAUGACGCCGCUGGCGAAAAGGGUGUAUAAUCUGCUCAGGACAGAGCCGCAGACAAAUGAGGGAAUGCAGGUGCAGCAGAUUGCGGCCAAGCUGGGUGUUAGUAUUGGGGAUGUUGCGCGGGCUGGAGAUGAGUUGCUUACUGCUUCUGUGAUCUUCUCGACGGUUGACGAGAACACAUGGGCUAUUCUUGAGUAUUAG